AUGAAACAACAUGGAAAACAAGCUAAAAAAGAUCCAGAACAAAAUACAAAGAAAAAUGACCGCUUUCGUCUCGAAAUCCCUGCAGAUAUAAGGCGAAGCUUGAAUUUGACUUCAGAGAUUACCUCUCCUAAAGUAUCGAUUAAUACACCAAUCACUCAAUCUUCACAUUUGAAGUCUACUUACACUCAAUCUCCAUCUUCAAAGACUACUUCCAUUUCUUCCAGCACUACGCCAAUCACUCAAUCUCCAUCUUCGAAGACUACUUCCAUUUCUUCCAGCACUACACCAAUCACUCAAUCUCUGUCUUCGAAGACUACUUCCGUUUCUUCAAGCACUACGCCAAUCAUUCAUUCAGGCCCAAUCCCAAUUCGAAACAUUCGUCUACUGAUUAAGUAUUUACAUACGAAUCGUAAAACAUCCGCUCAAGAAUCAUCAUUUCGAGAAAUAUCCACCCGAGAUUCAGCACGAAGUUCAGAAGAUUAUAACUUUAAAGCCGAAAACAAGAAAUUAAAGGCUCAGAAUGACGAGCUUCGACGUCAAAUAGAUGAGCUUAAUGAUAAAUUCCAAAUGAUUUCCUCAAAGUAUAAAAGUUUACAAGAAAGUAACGAACUAUUAAUGGAAAUCAAUCAAGAGUUCAGCCACAAAAAUGAUCAACUUCAAGCAGACCUUAAAGAGUAUCAAUCGUUUGAAUUACCAAAAAUCCUGAAUCGAUCAUUGGAUGAUGAAAUUCAAACAAAUAAGCAUAAAUCAAAACAAGCUAGAAAAUCUAAACGAAAG